GUGACGUAUGCGGAAGUAAAACAGCACCGGGCACGCAGAGGCAGAACGUUGAAGAAAUGUCUGUUUUUCCCAAGAUUUCUCUGAAGCCCGAAGUGUCUGAUUUUCUCAAGAGUGUCUACGUUAACAAGGAGGUGUUGGCUGCGGUGGACCAUCAGCUGGCAGAGUGUCGCUUCCAGAAGUUGCUCACAUGCCUGUCUCACCCUCCUUCGUACACUUGUGUCCGGGCCAGCACUCAUCUGGCUCCGCUGGAAGAGAUCAGACAGAAGUUAGGAGAGGAGCUGAAAAAGCAGCAGAUGUGCAGCUCAUCAGCAGAGGAGGUCUCUGUUCAGAUUCUUCCCCACCCACGAAUUCCAGAUGUGCUGCUCCUUCCUGUCGACGGCCCGAGACCCGUGGAGCCGCUCAGCUCGGAGGUGGUGGUCGGUGCUCAGUGUGGCAGUGCUGUACUGAGAGGAGCUCAUGUCUUCGCCCCGGGGAUCGUCGCCAGCCCAAAGUACAUGAAGGCUGGAGAUCUGGUGUCUGUGUUCUCUGACUUGGAGGGUAAGUGCACCCGAGCGGCCACGAGCUUCCAGGGAAAGAGAGUGUUUGUGGGAAAUGGAGUCGCUCAGGUGGACCGCUCCAGCCUCUUCUGCACGGACAAACCUGCCAAAGGAAUCGGUGUUCGGAUGGUGGAUCCACUUUACCAGAGUCCUUCCUUUGAUGGUGUCCUACCCAGCCUGGCUUUCCUACAGAACCUUCCCUCUGUGGUCGUGGGACACGUGCUCGGGCCUCGACCCGGAGAGCGGAUCUUGGAUAUGUGUGCUGCUCCCGGAGGGAAGACCAGCCACAUCGCCGCGCUCAUGGGGGAUCAGGGCGAGGUCGUGGCCUUGGACAGAAUCCGAAAUAAGAUCGAUCGGAUUCGUGAAAACGCCCGAAUGUUGCACCUGCGUUCGAUCACAGCGUACUGCUUUAACAGCACUCAGGCAGUGAGCAGCGACCCGGCACACACUGAAGGACCUCCUUUCCCUCCUGAGAGUUUCGACCGCGUCCUGCUCGAUGCCCCCUGUAGCGGACUCGGACAGAGACCCAACAUGGGCAUCACCUGGGGCCUGAAGGAGAUCUGCUCCUACCAGCCGCUGCAGCGCAAGUUGUUCCACGCUGCAGUGCGGUUGCUGAAGAAAGGCGGCGUUCUCGUGUACAGCACCUGCACGGUGACUCUAGCGGAGAACGAGGAGCAGGUAGCCUGGGCCCUCGAGACCUUUCCCUGCCUCACGCUUCAGCCUCAGGAGCCUCACAUCGGCGCAGAAGGCAUGCUGGGAGCCGGCCUGUCACCUGAGCAGCUGCGCCUCCUCCAGAGGUUCAGUCCCGAGCUGAGCUGGGAGCAGACGGGAACGGCGGCCCUCUCCCGCAGAGCCGACAGCGACACUAUCGGCUUCUUCAUCGCCAAGUUCCUGAAAGGCUGAGCGGAGGGCACGUUUUCUCUCUCUUACAGCGCCGCCGGCUCUCACACGAGACUGCGGACGGGGAACAAUGGUGUUUAUAUUACGACACUCUGUGUGCUUUGACGGGGUGGUGGUGUUGACAAAGACGCUCACUGCGCCGUUUACAGCAUCUGCCUCUCAACAGCUGCUCUCUGAAAACUGCGGGCCAUAUAGGGAUAAGCUUUAUAAACACAGAGGGCAAGGAAAAGAGAGGGAGAGGCGAGGAGGGAGGGAGGGAGAGGAGGGCACGUGGGGACGGAGUCUGAAUGAGUAUUGGCAAAUGCAGCAGUGCUAGCGUCGCCAUAACAACAGUGACGGCACAGCUGCCAUGGUGACAGCGGAUUGGCUGGAUCUCAGAGCUCAGAUCAGGAAGUAGCGUGCAGAAAGAGGUCACGAGAGGUAUUAACAAUUUAGUGUCUUUUUUAAGUAGUGGUGGAGACGACCGGGAACUCUAAUUAGUGCUUCUGCUGCUUGUGAGAGAGAAACGACGCAGCGUGGUGGUUCUGUUCGGAUCACUAGAAGGAAAUUAUAUUCAUUUGUUCGCCAUAAAAGUUCAUUUUAAAACAAGACUUUUCUCUCUUUAUGUGCAUUAUCUAUUAAGUUCUCUGAUUACGCCGAUGAAAUGUUUAAAUACACAUCACACUGAUUUAUUCAGUGCAAAUUAUGAAUGAUCGGCCCAGUAAAUCUGCACAGAAUGUCAUUUAUUGGUUUGUGCCUAUAGUGCACAAACAUCUGGCCCCGCUCUGCUUUCACGCAUCAUUUUUAAGGACCUUCACGGUGACCUCGGCUCAAUCCCUCUUCCUUGGAACACCAUUCGACUCUUAUCGGCCCACAUCUGUCUGGAAAACGCCAGCCGACUGCACUUCACCUCCCCGCAUCUGUGCGUUUUAACUCUAUGGGGGG